GGCAGGCACCCGAUGUUCACCCAUCAGAGGGCGGAAGUGCAAUGACACAGGAACCGGAAGUGCCCACAGUAGCGGCUGCGCUGAUCAAGUGCGGGGCGGCCCGAGCUGUCGGGCUGGCGAGGAAUCAGAGGAGGAAGAAGGUGCCACGAAAAUGCUGUAACAACCAAGGACUGCUACCUGUUAAACAAUUGCAGAUGACACUAAGCUGGGAGGAAGUGUGGAUCUGCUGGAGGGUAGGGAGGCUCUGCAAAGGGAUCUGAACAGGCUGGACCGCUGGGCCGAGGCCAAUGGCAUGAGGUUCAACAAGGCCAAAUGCCGGGUCCUGCACUUGGGGCACAACAACCCUGUGCAGCUACAGACUGGGGGAAGAGUGGCUGGAGAGCUGCACGGAGGAGAAGGACCUGGGGGUGAUGGUUGACAGCGACUGACCAUGAGCCAGCAGUGUGCCCAGGGGGCCAAGAAGGUCAACGGCAUCUUGGCUUGGAUCAGAAAUGGGGUCACCAGCAGGUCCAGGGAGGGGAUUCUCCCUCUGUACUCGGCACUGGUGAGACCGCACCUCGAAUACUGUGUUCAGUUCUGGGCCCCUCACCACGAGAAGGAUGUUGAGGCUCUGGAGCGUGUCCAGAGAAGAGCAACGAAGCUGGUGAGGGGCUGGAGAACGUCUGACGAGGAGCGGCUGAGAGAGCUGGGGUUGUUUAGCCUGGAGAAGAGGAGGCUGAGGGGAGACCUUAUUACUCUCUACAACUACCUAAAAGGAGGUUGUGGAGAGGAGGGAGCUGGGCUCUUCUCCCAAGUGACAAGGGACAGGACAAGAGGGAAUGGCCUGAAGCUCCGCCAGGGGAGGUUCAGGAAAAGGUUUAAAAGGACCUCCGAGUACAUUUAUGAGGUGCUGUUUCUGGGUGGCAAUGGCAGUGACAUCAAAAUCCGUGCCCUGGGAAAAGAGUGGAACCUGCACAAGGUGUAUCUGUGCCAGCUGCCCCGGGGAGAAGGAGGCCCUGCAGACACAGAUGUUUGGGCUGCCAGCUACCAAGGACAAGAGGUGGGCACGUAGAGUCCAGCACCUGGGGAGGAACAGCCCCUGCACCAGGACAGGUUGGGGAUGACCUGGAAAGCAGCUAUCAGUACUGCCCAUUCCAAGGCAGAGUUGCCCGUCGAGGCGGCGGUUACCGU